AGUACCCAAUGUGAUUCCUAUAGUUGGUAUGGGGGUAUCGGAAAGACAACACUGGCCCAGCUGGUAUACAAUGAUAAAAAAGUGGAAAGCCUUUUCGAUCUGAAAGCAUGGGCUUAUGUUUCUGAAGAUUUUGAUGUUGCUGCAGUUACAAAAACGAUUUUACAAUCUAUGAGCAAGGAAUUAGACUGUGCUGACAAAGAUCUAAAUUGGUUGCAAGUCGAAUUGAAUAAAAUACUACUUGGGAAAAAGUUUCUAGUAAUUCUUGAUGAUGUUUGGAACGAAAACUACAAUGAUUGGACUCUUCUGCGUGCUCCUUUUGAAGCAGGGGCUCAGGGAAGUAGUAUUAUAAUCACAACUCGUAAUCAGGGAGUCUCAUCACUAAUGAGAACCAUUAAAGUACCACCUUUUCAAUUGGAAUUGUUAACAAAUGAUGCUUGCUUGUCCAUAUUUUCCCAACAUGCAUUGGAUGCAAGAGACUUAAGUGCUCAUCCAGACCUUAAAGAUAUUGGUGAGGAACUUGUUAGAAGGUGUAAAGGCUUGCCACUGGCAGUAAAAACUAUUGCAGGAGUCUUACGCAGUAAACAUGAAGACCACAAUGAGUGGGAAAAAGUUUUGAAUAGUAAGAUAUGGGAUAUACCUGAGGAGAGAAGUGGAAUUGCUCCUGCGCUUAUGUUAAGCUAUCACAAACUCCCUUCACAUUUGAAGAGGUGCUUUGCUUAUUGUUCUAUACUCUCGAAAGAUUAUGAAUUUGAGGAGAAGCAAGUGGUGCUAUUAUGGAUGGCAGAAGGUUUGAUUCAACCACGACAAGAUGACGAGGAAAUGGAAGAUUUGGGUAGCGUGUAUUUUCGCAGUUUGUUGUCAAGGUCAUUUUUCCAACAAUCACGCAUUAAUAAAUCACAAUUUCUGAUGCAUGACCUCAUCCAUGAUUUAGCUCAAACAGUUGCAAGCGAUAUAUGCUUUAGAAUGGAAGAGCGAUCUGGGGGUAGUAAGCAAGAGAAUAUUCCCAUAAAGGCACGCCACUCAUCUUAUUUGGCAAGUAGAUACGAUGUUACUAAAAGAUUUGAGGUUUUUUCUAAACUCACAAGUUUACGCACAUUCUUACCUCUCAUGCCACCAAAUUCAGGUAAAUGCUAUUUGGCUCAUCGUGUUCAUCUUGAAUUGGUUCCAACAUUACGAUGUUUGAGGGUGCUAUCUUUCCAUGGGUACUAUAUAACCAAGCUAUCAGAUUCUAUCGGUGAUCAGUUGAAGCAUCUGUGGUAUCUUGACCUUUCCAAAACUUGAAUUAGAGGCCUGCCAGAAUCAAUAACUACUCUCUACAACAUACAAACAUUGUUGUUGGAGGAAUGUACUUGUCUAGAGAAAUUACCUUCAAUGUUUCAAAAGUUGGUCAACUUGCGCCACCUCAAUAUUGAAGGUGCAUAUCGUUUGGAAGGAAUGCCAGUGCAAAUAGGUAAAUUAACUUGUCUCCAAACACUGUCUAAUCUAUUUGUGGGAAAAGACAAUUGCUCUGGGUUAAAGGAGCUUGGACCUUUGAAGCAUCUUCAAGGGACACUCCGCAUUUCAAGAUUAGAGAACGUGAUGGAAGCUGAUGAUGCAAAAGAUGCUGAAUUAAUUAAAAAGACCAAAAUCAGUGCGUUGUUUUUGGAAUGGAGUAGGGACAAUAUUGAUGAGUCAAAAGACAGUACAAGUGAACUAGAGGUACUAAACGGGCUACGACCUCAGAAUGAUUUGGUGGAGCUUGUUUUAAGGUACUAUGGUGGUACAACCCUUCCUAAUUGGUUAACACCCCCUUCAUUUCCUCGUAUGGUGUCCUUGACAUUAGAAAAUUGUUACAAGUGCACAUCAUUACCUCCAAUGGGGCAAUAUUUGCCAUCACUCAAAAAUCUUAGGAUCGGGGGCAUGGCUAACGUGGAGAGCGUUGGUUCUGAAUUGUGUGGCGGUAAUUUAGAGACUUUGGAUUUCUAUGACAUGGAGGAGUGGGAGAAUUGGAGUCCUUGUGAAGAAUUGCCAAAUCUGCGUGAGCUUUCCCUUAUUGGAUGUCCAAAGCUUUUAGGGAAGUUACCAAACAACCUUCCUUUACUAAACAAAGCUAUGAUAUAUAAUUGUGAGCUGUUGGCGUGUGGCGGAAAGGUUACUUUCAAAGAGGGUGUGUGUGUAAGAAAGUUUACAUUCGAAGGGGGGGUGAUGCGUGUAAGAAAGGUUAUAUUCAUAUCCUUUCCACUAAUUUCAUAUCAACUCACUCGUCGAGUAGAUCAAGGGCUUAAAAUGGAAGGGUUGGUAGAGUCGGAAAAGUUAACUAUUAAUAGGUGUGAGGAGCUGACGAAUUUGUGGUCAGACAACGAGGGAUCACUGCCACAGCUCCCAUUUCUGAAAGCUCUCUGCAUUUAUAAUUGUUCCAAACUAGUCUCUUUGUUGGCGGAAGAAGUUGAUAAAAAGCAUCUCCAACUGGGUAUUCCAUCCAGGAUCAUGUCUAUUCGUAUCCACAAUUGCAUAGCCUUGGAAUCAUUACCCAAGGCAAUGAUGUAAAACAACACGUGUCUCGAGUAUAUUGAAAUAAGACAAUGUGAUUCGCUAACGCAUUUUGCAAGAAGCCAGCUGCCUCCAACUUUAAAGCAGCUACAUAUUAGUAAAUGCAAGAGUAUGCGGAAUUUGGUGGAGGAUGAUGAUGAUAUAAGAAACAGUACUACUUGUAGCAGUGGCAUCACGUCUCUUCUUGAGGUCUUGGUCAUUGCCGAGUGUCCAACCCUUGAAUCCUUGACAUCAAGUGGGGAAUUACCUGCCACACUUCAACGCCUCUGUAUUCACAACUGUCCAAAGUUGGAGUCAGUAGCCAAGAGUUUUCAUCAUAACUCGUUUCUUACAACUAUCUGGAUCUCCAAAUGUGAGAAUCUUCAAUUCUUGAAUGGUGUAGAGACGUUGCUUCUCCCUUCCAACCUGAGCGAGCUUUCUAUAUCUGAUUGUGA